AUGCAACCAAAGAUGUCUGAGGCGCGGACCGUAACGAGCGUUCAAUUUAACGACGGUCUUAAAUAUGCAUCUUAUUCCUGCAGUCGAUGCAGAAGACUAAAGAAAAAAUGCUCUAAGGCCAUCCCCACCUGCUAUUCUUGUCAGAAAGCUGAAGAAAUAUGUGUAUAUCAUGGAAGAGCUCGAAGAAGGACCAAGAAAGAGCUCGAAGAAGCUCGAAAGCGUGGCGAGUUUGUGCCAAUUCCCAGACCAAAGAAGAAACCAAACUGGGGCUCCUGUGAUCUUGCAUCCAACGUUAUCCCUCCUGCAAGAAUAGGUUCAUUCAGCACUUUACGUCAGACCAAUGCGCUUCCAUUUCCAUUUUACGGGUUUGGUAAAGAUAUGAUUGAUAAUGCAUCGGCAGCUGCACUAGAUUCAUUCAUGAAUAUUUUAAGUGCGCUAGGCACACAGGCAUCGACACAUUCAACCAAUUCUAAUGAACAUUCCCACGGCUAG